UCCCUAUACUGCAAAUCUUGUACUCGGUUUCCAAAAAUACACUUGUCUUAUCUUCGAUCCGGCUAGAAGUUAGCUCAUGGGGCUUGACGGGCGAUCAGCAUGUCCUACGUGUUAUGCAGAACGUCACUCGGGUCUCUAAAAACUGCCGGAAAGUGUGGCGCCCACGUAUCUGAAUCAUAGUGCAUACUGCUUCCAUACCUGACGGUAUAUUGAACAGUUCAUAUCAUCAUACAGAAGAAGACCAUUACUGGGCACGCCCAUCGCAAAACAUGAUGUCGCAUAGCAAAGGAUACACACCAUUACACUCCGAUGAUGAGACGGCACAAGGAACACACAGCCGCUAUGAAACUCACAACGACAGCUGGACCUUUCGAGCUUUACUUCUCAUCACAGUGUUCUCAGCCGUUGGAAAUGCGCUGUGGGCAUACAGCGCUUUCCAAGCCACAGAUAGGGAGGUGACAAACAAAGACCGGAGCCUAUACGCAAAGCUCGAGAGAGACGUCCCAACACCAUAUCGUGACGACACAAUCUUUGCGCAUCCAAAUCGUUCAAUUGCAGAUGCUGCAUGGGAAUCAUGGGUUGUGGAUCCAGGGAUUGUUGCGCUGCCUCACGACUGGGUUAAAGGACGCAUGCUUCCGCAAGCGCAGCAUUGGCCAUGGGAUGGGAACAAAGGGAUCUAUUUACUAAACGGAUACCAUAAUCUACACUGUUUGCAAUACAUCCGCCGCUCGCUGCUCCGUGCCGUCAACAACGAGCAGAUCGACAUCGACCCCGAAGAAGGUCUCGCGCACAAUCUCCAUUGCCUAGAGUCCCUCCGCCAGGACACACUGUGCAACGCCGAUGAUACGCCACGCUACUCAGGAUUCUCCAAAAAGAAUGUUGCAGGCGUGAUGCAAACGCGCAUGUGCAGGAACUGGGACAAGCUUGAGGACUGGGCAAGGAGCCAUACAGCAUGUUACAGAGACAUCGGAAGAGAGACGAAGGGCUUUCCGGAGAUUGAGAAGUACAAGUUCUGUCCAGAAGGGUAUGUUUUCAGGGCCACCGGGAGCCCGACGCCGCCCUGGAUCACGGGCAAUGGGGCGAGUAGGCCCGGGGAGGAGUGAUUGUUGUUCGAUGGCUAGUACGAGUAUGUACCUGUAC